AUGAAUUCUUUAGAAUAUUACACAGACAAUGCUGAUGAAAGUGCUCAAGGCACUGAAUAUGCCUGCAGUAAGUUGUCCAUGUCUCACAGCUACUUCAUUCCUUAUUCCUUUCUUUCAUUUAUUUGCACUUGGCUUUCUCUUCCUCUUUUAGAUCUUCCCCCUUUUCUUCCAUUUGUUUCUUUCUUGUCUUGCUUUCUUUUUUUCAUUGUUCUUCUUCCCCACUUUUCCAAUGUUUUACUUUUUUAUCCAUUAUAUUUUUUCUUGCUAACUUUUUUUUUAGUUCUCAUUUUCUCUUUUAAAAUUCUAUCUUAUUUGUUCCUAUCUAUCUUGCUCUGUUCAUACCUGUCUAUCUUGCUCUGUUCAUAUCUAUCUAUCUUGCUCUGUUCAUAUCUGUCUAUCUUGCUCUGUUCAUACCUGUCUAUCUUAAUCUAUUCAUAUCCAUCUAUCUAUCUAAUUCUCUUCAUACCUUUCAUUUGA